AUGUCAAAAAUCGCUUUUACAACCUAUGAAAAAGUUUUGGUUGAAUUGAGGUCAGCUCUGAGAGGAGAUUCAUUUAAAAAAUCAGUUUAUUGACAAAAUAAAAAUAAUGGAUGAAAUGAUGAUUGACCAGACUCCAUUGGCUGAUCGAUUUGUUAAAAAAUACAACCGUAAAUUUGAAAAAAGUAAAAACAAUAUAACUAAAACUAUAAAAUGAGAAAGUACUUUCACCCCGAUUAUAAAAACUAGUAGGCGACAGAAGACGGUCAAAUAUACAACAGAAAAAGAAAUAAGCCAUUAAAAGGAACAAUAGUUAAUGGCUACCGUAAAUUCUCUAUUCAUCAAAGAGGUUUUAAACCACGGUUACCCCUUUCAUAAAUUAAUUUGGGAGGCAAUUAACGGUGAAGAGGUUGGUGAUUUUUACAAAGUAAUCCACGUUGAUAGAAAUAGGCUAAAUGAGAGAUCCAACCUUAAACACGUUUUUAAAGACACCAUAGUUAAUGGAGGUGACUGGUUAUGAAGCCCGGCAAACAUCAAAGGAGCAAACAAAGAUGCCAAGAUUUAUGUUAGAAGGUCCACGACCCUGCACAAUCUUUUGUUUUGCGUUCAUACGUUAUGCGUGAAUUACGUAACCAGCACGUUUCUAUUGGUUAGAAUUGGUUAGUUCCUCAGUACGGAGUAAACAACUAUUGUGUUUUGUGCAGGGUCAAGGCCAAAAAAGAGAACAAAAACAUACAACAAAGAACUUUGUCGGGUUUCAUAACCAUUCCCUCUAUUAACUAUGAAGACACUAAAAAUCCAAUGAGAAUAAAAAGAAAAAUAAUUGCAGCAAAUCUUGUAACAGGUCAUGUAACUAAACAUGACUCUAUCUACAAGGCAAGUAAAAGUUUAAAAAUUAAUCCUGGUUCUAUUAGAUUAAUUGCUGAAGGAAAAAGAAAAACAGCAAAACCAGAAAAUAAAAAUCAAAGUUAUACUUUUGAGUUUGCUGACAAAAACGAUUUAAUAAACUCUUCCAAUUGGCAGUGUUUUUCGCAUAAAUGCUUUAUGUCGGUACCACACAGAAAACACACAAUGGGUAAUGGGCAAAAUUCUGGUGGCGGGGAAGCGCUUAAAUCUAGGUAUAAGGGGACCAGGAGAGAAGCCCUCCUGGGGGGAGACAAGAUCGAGUGGUACCGGGGGUAGCCACCCUGGACAGGGGUCCUGAUCAGUCCCCGGGGGUGAGGCCCAUAUCCCCCAGCACAGGAACUGAGGGGAACCAGGAGGGGUGGCCCUCCUGGGUGGAGUACAGAUCAGGUGGGACCGGGGCUCCACACCCCGGAGUGGAUAUUUUUCCUUUUUCCUAAGCCUUACUGUGGGGUAAAGUGCAGCCAGGGGUUGCACUUCCCUGCCACUCCUUUUAUUUGGAAGCCAGACAGCAGUUUCAAUUCCCCGGAACCUAAUGGAGGAAUGAGACCUAGUCAAGUAUAACACCAUAAUAUAAAUGAUUAAUCUUAAGGAUUCAUGUUAUAGGGGAAUAAAGUAAUGAUCUGCUUAAAAUACGUUCUGGUCUUGCUAAAUACUGCUACUCUGCUACUCUGCCAGCCAAUAUUGGAAUAUGCUCCUAGAGGUACUUAGAACUACUGAAUCAUUACAUGUUUUCAAAUCCAAAAAUUAAGAGCAUUAAUAAUAGAUAAUAAAUGCUGCCCCUUUGUAAUUAGUCUUAAUUAUCACUAGGUACUGUAGACACACUGUAUAUAAUAAUUUUACUGUUUCUACAUUAUCUUAAACUUGUACAUAAUAUAUAGUAUAAACGCUGAUUAGAAUAGAGUAAUAGUAUUACUCUAUUCUAAUCAGCGUUGUCAUUUAUAUUCUAUCUGUUUUUGCUAUACCUUCGGAGAUAUGAGCACUAGUUGAUGCUAUCUUUUGGAAUUCGAAGUGAGAUAAAGUUUUUGAUUUGAUUUGAAAUAUAUAGGGAACAUAAGAAGUAAUCGAAGAACUAAACAAAUGUUCCAGUCAGAACAAAGGGUGGGUGGGAGGGAAAAAACGCUGUUGUGAAUGAACCGAAGCUCUAAACGAACUGACUGGGAAAGGGCAGUGUACGGCAAAAAGAGGAGCACAAGUGCAUGAUAAGCAUUUGAUAAUAUGAAUGGAACCUUUGUGGAGUCUAGUAAUACAUCAUGCUACAUUACAGUGGACUUUGCCAAAGAAGAAGGAUACAUUGUAAUCAAACACUAUAGUUAGUGUUCAUUGUUCUUUCUUGUACUUUGAACUAGUAUCUACCAUUACUUAGUACAAAAGCUUAUACAAAUGUUGCACGUUGUGUGACAUAAUAACCGAGGCAUGAUUGUUGCUAGUAUGUCCUAAGUGUGCUUUCAUAGGGCAUCAUUCUCAGGUUUAUUAACAACAGUUUAUGCUACCAUAAAUUUGAACUUAAACCUUACAAGUUUUUGGAGAAACAAAAUUAAAAAUAGAUAAGAAAAAAGAAAAGUUUUAUUUAUCAUCUUUUAUCUACCAAUAGAAUAAAAUCAUAGAGACUAUUGUUGCUUUUGGAAAUGAAAAUUACUGUAUCCCCGUUAUAAAAAUUUAUCAAAAAAUAAAUAUUUCACCAAAGCUUGCCUUGUUUACAAGUUUUUGUAUGAAACAUACUGUAAAACACUACUGAUAUCAACACCAUUGCUUUUAUUUUAUACAAAGGUUUGAAGUGAUAUCUUCAAAUCUAUUUUUUUUAAAUUUUAAUUUCCCAUUUCUUGUAAAAAUUUUCGGAUUAAGUAAUUAAUGUUGAUCAUUCUCUUUCUCUUGAAUUUUUCGUUUAAAUGUUUUAAAUUAGUUUACUGCUAUUUAUCUCCAUUAACUUUUUAUAGAGUUUAUACUUUUCAUCCUCUGUUAAAAAUAUUUUAAACCUUUCAAAUAUUUUCCUAAUCUUUUUUUUCAUAAUGGUAUUUUCGCUGAUAAAUAGAUUUUUGUCGAAAAUGAACUCUGUCAUAAUAUGAUUUGUCAGAGCAUCAUGAACCGUCCUACAUUCUUCACAGAUAUUAUGACGCGAUUCAACAAAACAUCUUUCAUUUCCACAAAUUCUACAUCUAACUUUUUCCGUUUUUUUAGUUUAACCGAUUCAAAUAUAUGGUUUAAGAUAGUUCAUAUAUUUAUUGAUUUGUUCUUCGGUGUAACUCAUUUUAUUUUAUAACUUUUUUUUUUACCUAAAAGCCUUUGUAUUAAUUUUAUUUUCCAUCACAAUUAGUUUAUCAUCUGCUGUAGAUAAUGCUAUUUUAUUUAUCCUCAUAGAGUUAAUAUCGCGAUUAUCACUUCUGAUAAUAUUCAUCGUUCUCAUUUGCUCUUCACCUGAAAAAAAAAAACACUGUUUAUAAUCUAUAAAUUUUAAUUCGUUUUUUUUUAAUGCCCUUGCAUUUCAGUUCUUCGUUGUCUUCAAGUUUGUAACUGUAGAGCUUUGGACGAAGACCAACAAAGUGAGUAAUCUGUUUCCAGCUUCUUCAUCCUUAAAUUUUCCAAUUACUUUUUUGUUAACCCCUGUUUUUAUUUCCGACGGAUGUAUUUCAGGAUAAUCACCUGUAUCAAAUCUUUUUCUAACAUCUCCAGAUAUAUCCCUAUAAAAAUUUCCGUCUGAACACUAUACAUUAAGCUAUCAGUAUCUGUAAAAAGUAAUUCAGCUUUAUCACCAUAUUUUGGCUUUAUAAGCGUUUUUGAUAGAUCAAGAAUUGCUUGGCCAAUAUAGAUAGGUUUAUUAAAAUAAACCUCAGUUUUUUUCAUGUGAACAGCAAUAAGAUUUUCAUCAAAUAUUUUACUUCUUUCAAAAUUUGGUUUUGAUGACAAUUUCAAAGCUUUUCCUCGGUUAUCAAUCAAUGUUACAUUUUGUCCUUUUCUGAUGUUUUUAAUUGUUUUUCCAAAUACAGAAUUAUUCAUUAAUUUAAAGAAGCUUUUCUCAAAUUUUUUGACUUUUUUCGCAACUUUGUAUUGUUUGAGAUGUAUGGCCUCAUUCAAUAACUUUCUUGAAAUGCUAUUCCUCCAUGAACGGCGGUUACUUUCAUCCCAAGAUUAAGGUAUUGCUUUAAAUUUUUGUAGUGUAUUACAUAGUUCUUCUUUGGAUAAAAACUUCCAAUAAGUUUUUCUGCGUUUCCUUUUUUUAUUUUCUCUGGAGCAAGUGGAUAAUCAUUGUGAAGUCCCCACAACUCUUCAGGAUAUUCAAGAUCAACUUCAAAUACAAAACCGCGAUUUUUUCGUUUUUUGGUUAUUAAUUCUUUUGUUUUUUCAACUGUUAAAUCCUUCAACCACUUGAAUCCAUGAGCUGGCAGUUUUCGAGACAUCGCGCAACCAUAAAGAUUAUUUGCAUCCAGGUAUUGAAUGUAUUUAGACGGUCUAUUUGAGUCGUAAUCUCUCAUAUAUUUAUUGUUUGCUUCUUCGUAUUUCUUUGCUAUAUGAGUUAUUCCCCCCCCCCCGUAUUCCUUGUUCAAACAUCAUCAACAUGUCAUGAUCGUGAAGAAGCUGAGGCAAGCAUACCAAGCGAGACCUGGCGCCGUAAAGUAAUGUGCUGGGUCAAGUUUGUAAUAUUCAAGACAAAUUUUUCUGAAGUUCUCAAUUAAAUCGGCAAGAAGAAGAACAUCAGACUUGAGAUAAAGAUCGUGAAAAUCUUUUAUCGUUUUACAUUUAAACGUCUUCCAAACAGUUAAGGCAUGCAGAUAAUCUUCGUCAGAAAUAUGUUCAUCAUUUAGCUUUGAAUAAAAUUCGGAUUUGUUUUUGAUACGAAUACGUAUAAGAUUCAUUAGAAGAAGGCUCACAUGUUUGAAGUGGUUUUGUGAAAUAUUCAAAGUCUGCAUAAACAACAAAAGGUACCGGAAAUCUAUGGGAAAAAUUUUUGAAUUCAAAAAUGUUAUUUUUUCCGGCAUUUUUACAGCAACUGUUUCAUUCCUAAGGCAGUAUUGGAUAUGUUUAUCAAAUAACUCUUUCUUUGUAAAGUUAGUAAAACAUUUUUUACAGAUGUAAACUGGGGCAUUAGUCUGUGAAGUAAUUUGCGAUCUAAACAAUCUGUUAAAGUGUUUUAUGAGUGAAUAAUGUUGCUUUCCAUCUUUUUCAACUAAAAAUAAAUCUAUCCUUGUUUGCCAAUCUUUUUCAGCCAUUCUUAACGGAUAAAAGUUAUUUUUGUCAUUGACUGAAAAUACAUUGAGAUGAAGAUACUGGUACUCUGGUACUCUUCUAACAAUAGACAUUUGGCAUUAGGUACAGCUCAAAUCAAGUCGCCUUACUGUUAGAAAAAUGCAUUGAAAAACGCAAGUUUCAUGCAUUCUGAGUGACUGUCAGGUUUGUAAAAGAGGUGCCUCAGUAAAACUUGGAUUACUUGACUGAAUUUAUCUGUAUGAAUUGCUUAAAUAUUUUUGCUGAAUAAUAUACCGUAAAAUUCCGAAAAUAUGCCCCUCCUUGUAUAAGCACCUCCAAAUAUAAGCCCCCCAAACUCGUAACGCAAAAAACCCGGACGAUCAAACUCAUAACUAUGAUUGUUGUCUUGUCAUAACCCGCACAGCGCCGCACAGCGCUCAUCGCGGCCGAGCGUAGUUACACUCGUCGUAAAUAUCACCACACGUAAUUAUAACUUAAACGCUUAAAUGAGCCAAUCCCCCAACAUGUAUACCUUAAUUUGCACUAUGUAUUUCGAGACCUUUUCUUUACGUAGAUCACUCUGUAAAUUCAGUAAACAAAAAUUUCACCCUCAGCCUCACGCAAGGAGUGUUUAUCGAUAGAAUCUAUCGCAUUAAUCACACAGAAACUUGAAAUUUCAACACCCCAAUAUUAGUCACCUCCGUUUUCAUAAAAUCACGGCAAAAUGCGGCAUUCUCUGUCCAAAGACACCGCUUUUAACGGCCGAGAAAUAACUCCACGCCAUACAUUUCUUUGUAGCGACUCGCAAUGUUUGCCCCCUGGCGAUCCCAGAAUCCUGUGCGCAAAACAUGGGUCUCCGAUUAUUGGAAAGUCAUUCAUUGAUUACGUUAGUGGCCAACAAUAUAGUUAAUCCCAAGGAUUUAUUGCCAAUGUCCCUACGGGAGUUGAAUUAUGUGUAUCAUUAAAUGAGGAUGACGUAAAACUUAACGGACCGGAAUAGAAAUAGAAAAAAUACCUAGCGCACUUUUUCUCUGUUUAAUACUUUUGAUCACUUGUAAAAAUAGUAACUUACUGGUUUGUCCUUAGAAUUCCCCUUUUGUCUUCUAUGGACCUAUGAGCCUGUCUUCUAUUACCCAUCCACUUCUCUCUAAAUUGCGACAGGGAAGUGCUUUUCCGUUGGUAAAGGAGCUUGUAAUUGAAUUCAUAAUUUAAUACUCGGCUGUCUUGUGAUAGAUUGUGUUAGUUGCCAGUUAUCACGAACCAGAGGAGAAGAAAGUCAUUUGUUUUGCUGAGAAGUUUGCUUAUCAAGCAUAGUCUUCGAAAUAGUUCAAUUUGGCCCAUGGAAAUUUGUAUCAAAUUUAGCGGAGUCAAAUAAAAUGGCUGUUGCGGAAACCAAAACUUGCAAAUAAAAAGCGCUUCAGUAAACUUUUACAUACAAGUUUUUAGGUAAACAAUGCUUCAACGAGUUGCUUUUCGGCAUUUAUUUGUGAGAGUAGCUAGUCUCGUCAAAAUUCAGUAAAUAUUGAAAUAUGUGUUAUGGGAAGCGCAGGUGAGCAGUAGCCUUGAGUUUUUGCAUUUAUCCGCUCAGUCUGGGUUCCACGAGCUAACCUGUCAAUAAAGCCGUCUCUCAUAGUUCCCCGCCAUUCCCAGCGGAAGGGAGAGAGCAUUAAGAGGCAGUUGUAUUUGGGGGCUACACACACAAAUGGUUGAGGCAUUUAAGAGCGUGAUAAUUCAAAGAGCGCUCUUUUCCCUAUGCAUCUACUCCUUCCCAGUCACAAGGGUAUUCUGGCAGUGACUGCGACGCUUUAAAAAUAACGAGGGCUUCGUUUUUACCCACCUAGACUGACUGUGGUUUAACAAUACUUGACUGUAGUAAUCGCUGAAAUUGCUAUUACAACUCCUCCAUAAACUGACAAAAAUAUAUGUCAUUAUCUCUAUUUUCCACUUCCACACGAAGCUUAAAACUACAAUUUUAAAGUAGUACGCCAUUAAUUCCUCGACAAUAAAAACAAAACAAAGAGAUAUAAACAAGACAUUUAUUGUUCGGCCACACGAUGCUCUAUGUAAAUGUUGAAUAAUUUAAUGCUUUAUUGGUGAUCGCAAUAAUAGAUGACGAAACCCCUCACUUAAGAUACACAGAAGCUUACAGACGAGAAAAAUCUUGUUUUGAAAAAUCAGAAGCAAUACGAAGCAUCUGCGGAAGUUUUAGUAUCAUUUCUUCUCUAACUCUUUGUCCAUUGUACAUGUAGGAUAGUAACUGUUCUUUCGAAUCUCAAAACUGCUCAUACUAAGGAGUUAAGAUGAAAUAUUUCUUUGGAAUUAUCCCGCUCGCUUGCCUCAUCUCGGCACUUGCCAACUCUACAGUAAAACCGACGAAGGCCACUCGUUGUAAUGUGAAUAAUAACUACAACAGCUUCUACGCCGGACCCAACUGCAAGAAAAUCGAGCAACAAUUAGCAGAAAUACGAAAAGAAAUCAGGGCAUUGAAAAAAGGUUUGUAACAACAACUUAAUUUGUGCUACAAAUGAACAAAGUGGAUCAUCAUUCAGUCAUCAAUACCUCACUAAAACACCGUCAAAACCCCUCCAAAAUGUCACGAAAAUACGAUAAUUCUUAUUUUACUAAUGUGUUCUUAAAACAAAUUCUAUGGGUCAUUUAGAUCCUCCUUUAUUAUAUUACGUCCAAGCACAAUGCAAAACAGAGGGAUGGCUAAGGCGAAUAGUUCAAAUGUUUAAUACUGAGUCUAAAUAACGCAUUUACAGCUAUGUGUCACAUUUUAUUCUUGAAUUUGCCAACUCUUUUGGAUUAACCUUUUACCUUGAAGAAUAACGGCUAGAAAAAAUAGCCAAAAACUAAUUACCGCAUUGAAUGACCAUUUUAUUUCAGUUUACAAGAACUGCGCUGAAGUCUACAAGUCCGGUGACAAGAUCAGUGGAGUGUAUAAAAUCAAUCCUGAUGGUCUGGGCGAAUUUGAAGUGUUCUGUGAUCAGAAAACGGCCGGUGGAGGUUGGACGGUGUUUCAGAGGAGGCGAGAUGGCUCUGUUGAUUUCUUCCGCGCUUGGGAUGACUACAAACGUGGCUUUGGCAAUCUGAACGGUGAGUUCUGGCUCGGUUUGGACAAGAUACAUCGGCUGACUGUAAGCGGUGGUUAUAAACUCCGUAUCGACUUGGGAGACAUUCAUGGAAAAACUGCAUUUGCAGAGUACAGCUCCUUUUCUGUGGCAAGCGAGAAGGCAAAAUACCGACUGAACUUUGGAAGUUAUUCGGGUAAGUUUAUACAGGACUCAAAAAGAGUUCGUCGGCGAAAAAUGUUGCCAAUUGGCAAAUACAAUAAAAGAAGAAAAAAGAAAGAAUAUAAGAUUUUUUUUUUGGAAUUGAUCGCGAUUGAAAUGUGGAAGUUAUCAGUUGAUUUUUACAACAGCAAUUGACCUUAUUUGUAAUGUCAUAUUAGAUCAUAUAAAAAAGUUUGAAAAGGAUUGGCCCACGUCUUGAGAGUUCAGAAAUAAGGGUGUUUAAUUGAAUUAUCAGCAAGCACAAGAUCUCCACCGGUUUCGUAGCUUUACCAAAUGUUAUUUUUAAUGUUCCUUUUAAGACCUGUGGAAGGACUUUUUAAUUUUGUUUUUAAAAAUCUGGAAGUGUUUCGUCCCGUUUGGAUUAAUUAAAGUGGACUGAGGUUGUUUAAUAUGCAGGAGUGAAAUUGACCGGUUGAAAAACUCUGCGAAAGAUAACCCUUGAAAUAUAAGUUAGACCUAUUUAAAUGUUCUCAAAACAUAGCCAAGAAAAGUCUUAAUGAUGGUGACAGUUUCGAUGACUGUCAGCCAUCUUUAUCAAAACUUGAAAAUCGUCAAAGGUGUCAUCAGAAGCCUUAAACAGGUUUCUGAAGGUGUUAGUUAGACCUAAGUUAGACAUGUAUUUCACUUUUUCCCCUUUUUGUAGGAACCGCUGGUGAUGGGCUUGGCCGUAUGCAUCGUGGUAUGUCAUUUUCCACCAAGGAUCGUGAUAAUGACAGGUGGGGUCGCAACUGUGCCUCGCAUUUUAAAGGCGCCUGGUGGUACAACAAUUGUCACCACUCCAACCUGAAUGGUCUGUACCUCAAUGGUAAGAGUGAUUGUCAAGGAAUGCGCUGGAACAGUUGGCCGAAGGGUCCGUGCUACUCUGUCAAGAAAGCCGAGAUGAAGAUACUUCCGAAAGAUUUUUGA